AUGGCUCCGUUGCCAGCGUUCAGGCUGGAAACGGCCCCACCAUUCUACCACACAGGUUGUGACUUCGCCGGCCCCAUAAAAUACAAGAACGAUUCAGGCGAAAAAGCGAAAAGCUACAUUCUCCUUUUCGUAUGCGCGGUCACCCGAGCGGUCCAUCUCGAGCUAACAACCGACAUGUCGACCUCAGAGGUCCUCGGUGCUCUACAAAAAUUCGUGAACCGAUACCCGUCGGUGACCACGAUCACUUCAGACAAUGGCUUAUCGUUCCAGAGGACAGCAAAGGAACUCAAACUCCUGUACGAUCACAUCAUCAACGGAGAAAUAAAGAAAUGGCUCGCAGACAAAUUCAUCAGAUGGAACUUCAUAACUCCGAACUCCCCUUCGCAUGGCGGCUUCUACGAGCGCCUCGUGCAAUCGGUCAAGCGACCGCUGAGGAAAGUUCUCGGAACAUCAGUUCCCCACUUCCGGGACCUGGAGGUGAUUCUGAGCAACAUCGAGCUGAUGAUAAAUAAACGCCCGAUCACGGCGGUAGCAUCAGGUCUCGACUCCACAGAAGCCCUCAGCCCGAUGGACCUUUUGCACGGUUAUCGAGGAGAUACAUUCUUUCCGCAGCAUGCGGCCAACCCGAUGAGAACCAAGGAUUCGGACAAGAUAAUUUUCUCCAGGAGAUGGACCUACCAACAGAGGAUCCUAAACUCAUUCUGGAAAAGAUUCCACCGCGAAUACCUGAGCUACCUAAGAUCUGCUCAUAACAGACUCCCCAUUCCGGCCAGGCCGCUGAAAAUCGGCGACAUUUGUCUGCUGGAAGAUUCGAACGCCAACCGGGCGUAUUGGCCCCUCUGUAAGGUCAUAGCACUCAAGAACGAGUCCGCACCUGAAAAAUCGAAAUCAUGCACAAUCAAGACGGCCACGGGCCAAAUCUUCAACCGUCCCAUCACGAAACUCUUCCCGAUAGAGCAUUCCCAGCCGAACUAG